AUGGCGAAACUCUUAUCCACAGGGCAGACCGAGGCUCCCCAGGAGCAGCAGCCCGGUCGCAGUGUGAACGACUCCGACGGAGAUGACCAGGACUUCGGGGAAUAUGCCCUAGACUUUAUAGCUGACUCUCCAGCCACAUUGGAGCGCAGUCUGUCUCCAGCUGAUCUGGUGGCCUUCCAAGGGUGUAUCAUCCCUCCUCUCACCCCCCAGCGGGAGCCCUGUCCAGAGGACAAGGACCAGCACGGCUACCCUUCCUCAGACCCAGGCCUCGGCCAGCAUCAGGCCCAGGAUGGGAUACUCUGGAGGGGCAUUGCUCAGCACCACACCAGGGUCCUGGGACACACACUGGAGACCAACAGCCAGCUUCACCUGACUGUGAGCAGGAGGCAGGAGGAGAUUAACGCUCUGCUGCAACGCAAUGUCCACCUCAGAGAACUAGCCACCAGAGCUAAACACCUAGCCUCUGUCCUGGAUAAGCUGAUGAUGGUGAGGGAACCAUCAUGUAUUCAACAACCCUCAACAUCCCCCUGUGACGAACCCCCCAUGUCAACACUCCCGUGUAAGAGGCAGCGUCUGGAAGACACUUGUGACGACACAUCGCCCCCUGGAUGUGUGGAAGACAUCCUACGGGAUGUCAGCGAGCGCUGCAACACCGUCCUGCACCACAGCACCGUUCAACCACCUCUUACCCAGGAUAAUGACCCAGAGAGAAUACUGAUGUUCGGAGCGUUCUCUGGACUGCAGACAUCCAGGAACACAGGUGGCGCUGUGGUGAGCAUGGAGGACACCGAGGCAGGAGAGAGCAGUAGUGACUCGUCUUUCAGGACUUCAAUUAGGGAACACUGUACGAUCAGGACUCAGACCUUCCCUCACGGACACGCCUUCACCUCCAGGACGACCCAGGGUGGGUACCGCUUCCGCUGGGUUCCCAGCCAGAGCUAGCCGUUAGCGGUACUGAGUUCCCAGCCAGAGCUAGCCGUUAGCGGUACUGGGUUCCCAGCCAGAGCUAGCCGUUAGCGGUACUGGGUUCCCAGCCAGAGCUAGCCCUUAGCGGUACUGGGUUUCCAGCCAGAGCUAGCCGUUAGCGGUACUGAGUUCCCAGCCAGAGCUAGCCCUUAGCGGUACUGAGUUCCCAGCCAGAGCUAGCCCUUAGCGGUACUGGGUUCCCAGCCAGAGCUAGCCCUUAGCGGUACUGGGUUCCCAGCCAGAGCUAGCAGUUAGCGGUACUGAGUUCCCAGCCAGAGCUAGCCCUUAGCGGUACUGAGUUCCCAGCCAGAGCUAGCCGUUAGCGGUACUGGGUUCCCAGCCAGAGCUAGCCCUUAGCGGUGCUGGGUUCCCAGCCAGAGCUAGCCCUUAGCGGUGCUGGGUUCCCAGCCAGAGCUAGCCCUUAGCGGUACUGGGUUCCCAGCCAGACCUAGCCCUUAGCGGUACUGGGUUCCCAGCCAGACCUAGCCCUUAGCGGUACUGGGUUC